GCAUCUUGCAAGCUCUUGGUGUGUUUUUGUUGGGUUUGAUUUUGAUGCUCGUCCUGUACUGAUGACUCGCGCAGGAUACUCGAUAGCGUUGUGUGGACUGGUGAUGUUCAAGGUGUCGGGUGGGAAGUGAACAUUUGAUUGCUUGAUACCGGACUUUGCCUAUGCUCCCUCCCUUAUGUGACUAUAUUCCCAGCACUUGGUUUUCGCGACUUGCUUGAAGCGGAGUCAUCCAUACGCGCUCAGACGCGUCGAUCUGUCUAUCUUUGAUCCCUUUCCCCCACCACCUGAUAGACAAUGGCAGCGGUCCUUUUGCAUAUUAUUGCGCACUUUGUUUUUUUCUGUUUGUCGUCGCAUUUGUACAUUUGCAGUCACUCCCUCUCCCCCUUUCUCUUCCUGCUACAGUUCUUUCUGGUUCACCGAACUCAUCCACGUUCCUACAGUACCCGAAUUAGCCAGCGACCCUGCGACGACGUUAAAAACAUAGACAUUUCCCAUGGACAUGCUUAUAACGCAUAUAUAAACUAAGACUUGCGUAUAUCCCUCUUUCAUUUCCACUUUCCCUCUACGUAACUUUUGCCGUAGCUACUUGGGUGUUUUACUCCUACUGAGGGACUUGUUGUCUGUCUUUUUGUGUUUACCCUUUAUACUUUGCUGUUUUAUGUUUUCUUACUCCCCUGCUCUCGUACCGUACGUGCUCGACACUCCUGCCCUCCAAUGUGGAGGUUAUGCCAAAUUCCAUGAACUUUUGCAGUGCUUUUGAUUUUGCUACGUGUUUACAUAAACGUUCAUGUACAUAAAUUUAGGUUUGGUUCCAUGGAAGCAAUUACACAGAUUAGUCACACCGUCA